AUGCAAUCUUAUGUCAAGAAUGUAGUCGAUAUGCUUGUUCAGAUGGACAGGAGAAGCCCCGAUUACUCCUCUGAGGCAUGUCAACAUGAAUUCCAUCACCUCUACCUCCAGACAGCUGCGCACUUUGCGGAACCAUCAUACGCGCUGACUGUCGAUACAAGUGUAUUGCAGAGGCUGACUCACUCAAUGGUGCGCUUUGUUAGUUAUUGCUGGCCGGGGCAUGCUUCCGAAGUGAAGACAGACCUCUGCAUACUGUUCGUCUACUAUGGCAUCCUGGACGACUGGUAUAAAGACAAUCUAUCAGAAGGCAUGCGAGACUUCUCUAAAGAUAUGAUAAAUGGUUCUGAACAGAAGAAUAGUUGGUGGCAAGCUGUUAACAAACAUCUGUUGAGCUUGCUCGAGCAUUACGGUUCAUUCUGCUCGCUCAACAUAUUCAGAGGCACUUUGGACUUCUACCAAGGCUGCUGGAUCGAACAGCAUGACUUUCAGGGAACACGCGGCUCACACAACUAUCCUGACUUUCUACGCCGACUCAAUGGGUUUGGUCCCAUCAUCGGCGCAUCCCUCUUUACUACAGGCAUGUUCGACGAGACCGACAACAUUCCCAUCAUUGCUUCUGUGAUAUCAGAGAUCGAGCAAUGGGAACUCUAUGUCAACGAUCUCUUGUCCUUUUACAAGGAAUACUUUGGCACAGACAAGCAAGAGCAAGCCAAUUUCAUCUCAAACUAUGCUCAUUGCGCCGGAAUCACUAUGCAGAAGUCGUUGUCUAGGAUUCUGGACAAGAUCACCUUGUCCAAUAAUGCACUGGUUGAAAUGCUGCCAAACGUCGACCCGAAGACGAAAAGAGUGGUUGACAACUUCAUGCUUGGAUACACCGCAUUCCACUUUACUGAUGCUCGAUAUCGUAUGUCUGAGCUCGUGGAUCAAGCCGAGGAUUUGGAAGUCGAGGGUGCGCAGGACUUGCGAAGGUUCUACGAGAUCGCCAGAGCUGGUAGCGACCAAGGUCCAUUGCGUUGGGCUUCUCCAUCGUUGCAGGACAUGACAGAAAAUUCUCAUGAGUGA